AUGGGAAGACUUCUGAAAAAGUUUCAAAAAGGCUCGGCUACCACCUAUAUUAGUCGUACGAAGGCCCUUAAGAAGUUGCGACUAUCUCUGAAGGACUUUCGGCGGUUAUGCAUCAUCAAAGGAAUUUACCCACAUGAGCCGCACCACCCGAAGAAGGUUAACAAAGGUAGCACUGCAGUGAACACUUGGUAUUUCGCUAAGGAUAUCGCGUUCCUGCAGCAUGAACCUAUCAUCUCAGCAUUCCGGCAGUACAAGGUGUACUUGCGGAAGCUGAAAAAGGCCAUCACCCUUAGGCAACGUGACACGGAGCAAAAGUUACGUGAGGCAAGGCCGUUGUAUCGUGUGGAUCACAUAGUAAAAGAAAGAUAUCCUUCUUUCAUAGACGCUCUGCGGGAUCUAGAAGAUCCGUUGUGCAUGUGUUUUUUGUUCGCUAAAAUGCCCAAGACCCAUCGAGUCAAUGAAGAUAUGACUCAUCUUUGUAGGCGUCUCACAGUCGAGUUCAUGCAUUACAUCAUUUCACAGAAGGCGCUGCGUAAAGUGUUCAUAUCGAUCAAAGGAAUUUACUAUCAAGUGGAAAUAAUGGGUCAAAAGAUCACGUGGAUCGUACCUCACGAAAGGCGUAUAAGUGUUGUGAACGACGUCGAUUUCAGCAUCAUGUCGUCCUUCCUUGAAUUUUAUUGCACUUUGUUGGGCUUCGUUAAUUUUCGGCUCUACCUAGAAAUCGGACUGCAUUAUCCUCCACAGUUGUGUUCCGCGAACGAAAAGGAUACAAAAUCAUACUCCACAGAUGAUGAAGCUUACAUGGAACGUAUAAACGUCUUGACUCAGUCGCUUGUUAGGAUGUACGAUCCCAAUGCCGAUGGCGACGACGUCAAAAUCGAUGAGUUUAAACCAGAACCUGGCGAUGCGGGUCCCAUGGAAAAAGCGCUAGAAGAACAGAAGAAAGUCGAACGACUGCAAAAGCUGUUUUCCAAUUGCAAGUUCUUUUUGAAUCGUGAAGUGCCGCAUGAAUCAGUCACUUUCGUCAUAAGAUCAUGUGGCGGACAAGUUUCUUGGGACGAAUCGACCGACUACGGAUCUACCUAUCAGGAAGAUGAUCCUACAAUAACUCAUCAGAUCGUGGACCGGCCAAAAGUGACAAAAAAAUAUUUAACAAGAAUCUAUAUACAGCCUCAGUGGGUGUACGACUGUGUGAAUAACGCUUUGUUGCUGCCCCCACAGGACUACUUCCCUGAAUGCCGGUUGCCGCCUCAUUUGUCACCAUUCGUCGAGGAAUCAGAAACCGACUAUAUACCGGAAGAGAAAGUGAAGCUGUUGAAAUUGCAGGGAAGAAAUGUGAUUAAUUUGCCAAAGUUGGAGAACGCCAGAUCUCUUCUGAAUGAUCCUUCAUCAGCGUCCACAUCUAAAAAACGGAAGAAAGAAAAGAAGCCGUUGACGGAGCUGGGAAAGCGCCCUGUCUCUAACGAAGCAGACGUUAAACCGGAUUCCGUCGCGGAUAUGCAGGUGAAGCCCGGCGUUGUCAAGCGACUGAACGCGCAUCAACAAAUUGAAGCAAUGGCAGAGGAGAAGAAGCUGCAGGAGAUGAUGAUAGCCAAGAAAUACAAACGUCUUUAUCGCAAACUGAAAUACGACCAAAAGGAAAAGCGCAAGGAGUUCAACAAUCUCCUGCGGAAAAAAUACGCAUUAAAAAGUGGAGUUUUGACUGACAACGCUGGAAAGAGAAUUAAUUAG